AUGGGUCGCAUAUUGUUCGUUUUUACUUCCACUGCUCAGACGUUGACAGGUGCACAAGCUGGCUGGUACCUUCCUGAAGCAGUUUACCCAUACUACGUUCUCUCGCCCCAUCACGAUAUCGACUUUGCUGCACCCAAAGGCCCGAACCCUCCGAUGGACGAAUCCAGCCGGGAGCUGUUCCAAGACGAUGAAUGCGUCAGGUUCCUGAAUGACGAGAUCGUGAAGAACAAGCUGGACAAUGCCUUCAAGUUGUCGGAGGUCAGCGCUCAAGACUACGACGCGAUCUUUCACAUCGGCGGGUAUGGACCGGUCUUGGACCUUGCGUCAGAUUCUGCUGGCAUCAAGCUUGUAUCGGAUUUCUAUCGCGCGGGGAAGGUGACCUCCGCUGUCUGCCAUGGCUCCGCCGCGCUAGUCAAUGCCACGGAUGCAUCGGGCAAGCCCAUCGUCCAGGGCAAAGCAGUAACAGGCUUCUCAAAUGCCGAGAAAGAGCAAGUCAGCCAGGCGAAAGAGACCCCCUUUUUACUUGAAGAUAAAAUCAAAUCCCUGGGUGGCCUGUAUGAGAAGGCUCCGGAGCUGUGGGGUGCUAAGGUCGUUGUUUCUGGCAAUUUGAUUACUGGCCAGAAUCCAGCUUCUGCAAGAGGUGUUGGCGAGGCGAUAUUGCAAGCGCUCCCUCGCACGCAGUAG